UCAUGCAACAAUACCAGAAUGAGUGUGAUUUUGUUAACAGUUUCUCUUUCAAAAUUUAGAAUUUCCCCACUAUAACAUGGAAAAACCAGACCGGGUAUCAGAACAUUAAAGUAGUGUCACAGUUCAGAACUGUUCACUUUUACAGGGAGAAAAAUGUCAAAAAUGGCAGACUUGUCUCAGUACACACUACCAAACAGUACAGAUGUUUGUCUGUUAGACUGUAUGACAGCAUUCAAGAAUCUCACAGACCAAGAGAAGAGAUAUGCCCAUCAUGUGUCACAGGCAGCAUGGUAUGGGGGACUUAUUGUACUUGUACAGACAUCCCCCGAGUCACCUGGCAUAUUCCUUCUUCUGCAGAAAAUGUUCAGAGCUCAGUCUGUAGAUGAGCUUAAAACAUUGGCAACAACUGAACUUGGGCUCUCACCUGAAGAGUUUGAUGCCAUUUUAAUCUAUGCAUCAGGUUUCUACGCUAAUAUGGGAAACUACAAGUCAUUUGGUGACAGCAAAUUCAUUCCUAAUCUACCAAAGGAAAAAUUUGAAGCUGUUGUCCUUGGCAGUGCUGCAUGCAAAUCUGACCCAGACAAGAUGAAGGCGCUAUGGAAUGCUGUAUCUGAUAGAUUGUAUUCCUUGGAAAAUAGGCAGAGAGAACUUGGACUUGGAGAAAAGGGAACUACCACAUAUUUCUCAAGCAACUGUGACUUACAAGAUGCAGAAGUAGCUCAAGAAUUCCUUACUGCCAAGAAUCUCAGUGCCUAUAAUACCAGACUGUUCAAAAAGUGUGCACAGGGAUCAGGCCCUGUUGAAUAUGAAGUUAGGCUGGCUUCAGUAGAGACAGAAAAUGGACCCCUUCCUGGUUGUCCAGAUGGUAUGUUGGGCAGUCACAAGUUUACACCAAAAGGCUGGUCCACUCCUGUGACAUUCAAUGUUACAAGGGGAGAUUACUCUAAACUGAUGGCCCAUGUAGCUCAAGCUUUGGAAAAAGCAAAGAGUGCUGCUGCCAAUGAUAAUGAGGUAAAAAUGUUGGAAGAGUAUAUAAAGAGUUUUAAAACGGGGUCAAUACCUGCCCACAAAGAUGGUUCAAGGUACUGGAUUAGAAAUACAGGCCCUGUAGUCGAAACGUACAUUGGCUUUAUUGAAUCAUACAGAGAUCCCUUUGGUGUGAGAGGAGAGUUUGAAGGCUUUGUUGCUGUUGUGAACAAGGAAAUGAGUGCGAAAUUUGGUGCACUGGUAGAAAAUGCUGAACAUCUACUGGCCAAGUUACCAUGGCCACAGUCCUACGAGAAAGACAAGUUUCUCAGACCAGAUUUUACAUCUUUGGAAGUGCUAACAUUUGGUGGAUCAGGAAUUCCAGCUGGUAUCAACAUACCAAAUUAUAAUGAAAUUCGUCAAGAUGAAGGGUUCAAGAAUGUAUCUCUGGGAAAUGUACUAACAGCUGGUUAUAAGGAUACAAAAGUUACAUUCCUCUCUGAUGCUGACAAGGAGUUGUAUACCAAGUUGAAGAUACCAUCAUUUGAAGUUCAAGUGGGACUACACGAGUUACUGGGACAUGGAAGUGGAAAACUUUUUCAUCAGGAUGAGAAUGGGAAGUUUAAUUUUGACAUUAACUCAGUGACACAUACAGAGACAGGUGGAAAGAUAGAUAAAUGGUACAAGGCUGGCGAGACUUGGGAAAGCCAGUUUUCCACUAUUGCUCCCACAUAUGAGGAAUGCAGAGCUGAGUGUGUUGGAAUUUAUUUGUGCUUGGCUACAGAAGCUCUGCGGAUAUUUGGUCAUGAAGAUGAUGAUGGGGAUGACAUUGUCUAUAUAAACUGGUUAAACAUGGUACGUGCUGGACUUCUAGCCCUGGAAUUCUAUUCUCCCGAGACUCGUGCAUGGAGGCAAGCUCAUAUGAAUGCGAGGUUUGUGAUACUUCGUGUGCUGUUGGAAGCCGGUGAAGACCUCGUGAAAGUUGAGAAGAUAAAAGGUGAAGAUGGUAAUCCAGACAUUCGUAUAACCUUAGAUAGGUCAAAGAUCAUCUCUGUGGGUAAACCCGCAAUUGGUGACUUCCUUAGAAAACUGCAGGUAUACAAAGCAACAGCAGACGUUAAAAAUGGCAAGGAAAUGUAUGACAGAUACUCUGAUGUACAUGAUAGUGAUGAACCACAUUUUAUAUCCCUCCGAGAAAUAGUUCUAGCCAGAAAGCAGCCUAGAAAAAUGUUUGUGCAGCACAACACAUCAUUAUGUGGAGAUGGCAGCAUCAGCCUGGCGAGUUACGAGGCCAGUCCAGGGGGUCUGAUCCAAUCCUGGGUGGAUAGAUUCCCCAACACUGAUGUUGAUAACAUAAUUGAAGAGCUGUGGAGCAAGGAUAAACCUUACUUUGAGUAGGACAUACAAACUGAUGGCGGAAAAAAUAGGAAAGAAUUGUUAGUGAAAUUAAAAAGACAUUGAAAUAGUGAAAUUUUGGUUAACAUUGGAAAAGCAUAUGUAUGAAGCUGUUAGAUUUCAAAUUAUGUUCUGGGGAAUGGCAUACUAAAUAACAAAUUAUUAACUUUCAAGUAAGAAAUAACUUAUCAGAACGUAUUGUCUAACAUUUAAUGUUAUUAAAAUGUAUUGUGUUACAUUAAAUAUUUAUGAUUUAAGGACAUACAAACUUUGUUGAAAAAAGAACACAAUGAAAGAGUUGUUAGUGACAUUAAAGCGACAGUGAAAUAAUGAAAUUUUGUCAACAUUAACAUAGCAUAUGUAUGAAACUGAUAAAUUGAAAUUAUAUUCUGGAGAAUUGCAUGCACAAUAAAAAAUUAUUUUCUAACUUACCAGUAACAAAUUACUUCCCAGAAUGUAUUUGUCUAACCUUUAAUAUUUAUGAUUAAGGAUGGAAAAAACCCAACACAGGACAGAUCUGUUAGUAAAAUUAAACAUUAAAAUUGUGAAAUUAGGUUGACAUUGAUAAAGCAUAUGUAUGAAACGGUCAAACCAUUAAAUUUAGAUUAUAUUUUUUAGGGAUCUGCAUGAUUCAAAUUAUUUUUCUAACUUAUCAGUAACAAAUCACUUAACAGAAUGUAUUAUUUAACGUUUAUAAUUCCACCAGUGAUUCUAUUUACUUACAAAAUCGUUGUUAGUUAUAAUAAUAUUAUUUAUAAUG